GCGGCGUCAGCGCGCUGUAGUCCACGAUGCCGCGGGUCCAGCGGUGUCGGCUGUAAUGAAGCGGUGUGGUGGCGUGUCGCACCGGACGGACCCCCUGACGCUCCGCGCUCACUCUUCUUCGUGCCUGCAGGAGAUGGUGGCUGGUGGCUAGUUCCAACUUCGGACUCCGCGGUUUUUGUUCCUCGGCGAAGCGCACUGACAUCAGCUGGUGAGUGCCCGUCGCUGCGCACUUUCACCACAGUCACCUGUUCUGCUCCACAGGGUCCUGAGAUGACGGAAGUCGAGCCAGUGUUGGACUUUGCCUCCUCGGGGCGCUCGGGGAGGAGGAAUGCCCUACCAGACAUCCUGGGCUCACCGGCAGGCGUAAACCCCGGCGACCUGCCUCUUAAGCUGGCUGAAAUGUCCCUCACAGAUGGUCCGGGAGGUGCCCAGUCACCCGCGGCGGAGGGGCCUCCAGCGCCGCCGGAGAGCUCGGAGGGGAAAGAGGGAUCGUAAAGGGGGCUCGCUGGAUUUACUCCCCGGAGACCUGCAACGAUAACCUGAGAGCGACGAAGCUAGAGGGCGACCUGUGGGAGAAAGAGAGCGAUUAUCUGUGGAGCGUCGGUCUGUUUGGGAAGCAGCUGAACCACGGAGGGAGAGCGGCGACGCCACUCCCCUGAGACUGGAGCCUCGCACUCGGCAGCACGAUCUGAAAAGAGUCAGACGUCCCUUAGUUAUGAACCCGCGAGAGAGAGAGAGUGUGUGUGUGUGUGUGUGUGUUAUACACUCAACGCGGACACUACGCUGAGAAUCAAACGGACCAUGACAGAUUGUACACUGUACACUAUUUUUUAAUGAUUUAUUUGACACUAAAGACAAACAGGAACCCAUUAGUCAAACUGUAAUGUGGUCCAUUUCCUGCUGGUUUCUGUUGUGUAGUGAUGUGUGUGUUAUUAAACAUGGAUAACAUUAGGAGGGUACUUUGAUCACAGCUCCAAGUGGUUUAAAGCUUUUGAAUCCAGCUGGAUGCAAAAUCAAAUGUCACAUAGGUUAAACAGUAGAUUUAAGAAAAUUGUAAAAUCUUUGUGUCGUCUCCGGCUUUUACACUAAAUGUCUACUGUAUGUUUUCAACCGGGAGGCUCUUGUACAGUGUGUCCACAUUGUAAAUGUAGAGUUUUUAAACCCCUCAUUGCAGACUGUUUUGAUCCUGGUAAAACUGAACAGGGAUUUGAUCCAUUUUAAAAAAAAGAUGUCCAUGUGGUGAGAGGUGAUGAGGUGGAAGAAGCGUCCAUAUCUUGAGACAUUCCUUCAGAGAAUAGUGUCCCACUGCCGGCGAUGAACACGCUGCUUCAUUAUAACACAGAGAGAAGAGAGAUUUCCUUUGUUUUUUUUGCUCAAAGCUGCUUUUAAAAGUCUCUUCGCUUUCCAAAACCUCUGAAAAUGUGCCUAGUGGCCAGCUCACAACCCCCAAAACGUGUGUGGUGUUCUUUCUCUGUGAUGUACUGUUACCCACUAUUUCUGGGCUGCUGAUAUUUCCUCAGUUUUAAAUAGGAGGUACCAUUAACACAUAUUUACUGCUUGAACUGUUAAUGAAAGACGAAACUCUUUUCUAAUGACUUUGCAUCUGCAGAACCAAACAACACUUUGUCAGGAAAAGCAUUUUUUUUCGUUGUUUUUUUUGUGGGGGGGGGGGCGUAAACAUCGGCAGGGCUUCUUGGGCCUUUCUCGCACGUGCUUCUUAUUGCAACGGCAGCAUAUGCCUGCCGACCGGGCACGGGAGCAAGCAUCACGCAACACUACCGCCUCAAUGUGAGCACCGGGGGAAAAAAAUGGCUUCACGCUCGCCUUCUGCGGAGAAAAGUCUGUUCACACUCAUCAACACAAACAGAGCUGUGAAGAGGAUGCGAGACUGAUCGCGAAGAAGCAGCUAUCCACUCACUGCUACUGUGUAUGUAUAUAUAUAUAUAUAUAUAUAUAUAUAUAGUGUAUUGUAGUAUAACCCAUAUGUGUGUGUGUGUCAUACAUGCUGCUUGUAUGAUUAUCAGACUGUAUUCAUACUGUCGCCAUAUAGGAAAUGCUGUUCUGUAAUUGUCUCUAUUUGAAGAUGUUUUACCGGUGGCUGUGUCUCUUUACGUGGAUGUGUUUCACAAAUGCAACAAGGACAGUCUGAUGCUGUACUUUGUGUGCUCAAGGUCUACACACGCUGUAUGAUCAACACUUUAUGUGGUGGGGGGAGGGGUUCGGUGACUCAGAGGUGUAUUUUGUAGUGUCCUGAUCUCUAAGUGGUUCAUAUAUUUUAUUCAGCUGGAUUUGAAUCCCAUGUGUCGAUUCUAUCUGGUGGUGAAACUUGCCAUAUUAAAACCACAAGCUUUACAUAUACAA